CCCACCUGAGGAUGAUAUUCUCAGAAGAACAAGCAAUGAGCAGCUCUCUGCUAGAUGGGUAUCUCUGCUGAAGCUCCCUGAACUGCAGAACAAAAACACAUAGCAGCAAGGUUUCGUUGGAGCAACAUUAUUCCAAACUCUGCACAACAAUGCUGCCAGCUAUGUCCUCGUCUUUGGAGAACAGUCAAACUGGGAGAUUGUUGGCCAUCCUAGAGGAGUGGGACAAAUCAUCUGACCAACACACAGACAACACUAAGAUGUACUUCCUGCUUUUGUUCAUCAAGUUUGGACUGGAAACAGUAGUUUUAUAUGCAUGCAACCCCAAAAAGUAUAAAUACUUCCUGAGUGUCUUUGGCCUGUCUAUUGUCCUGGCUGAUUUUCUUCUUGCAUGUUUAAUGGGAGCUGCCUUGGUCCUUGGAGCUGAGAAGUCUCUAGCCUCACCCUGCUUCCUCUUGGCCAAUGCCUCAACAGCUUAUGGAGCUCUGCCACUCCCCAUUAUGCUCCUGGGCUUUGUGGACUACUGCUUAGACGACAUAUUAAUGAGCAACCAUUCAGUUUUCUGGAAAACACUCAGGAAUGUCAUCCUGACACUGCUGGUUUGGGUAGUUGCUGUUAAUUACUCCUUUCAUUCCAGUUAUGUUGAGCCUGUGGAACUGGAAUCUAUGACGGGGAAGGUGCUUGUCUGUGAAGUGACAGAGUCAAGCCUAAUUUCAGCCUUUAUUUUGGGACUUUUCACUUUAAGCCUCCUAACGCUGGUGCCAUUUUGGUUAAGAGCACCUCAGUGGGUGAGAGAAGUUGACGAGUCGCUUGAAGCUCGGGAGAAACAGAGGAACGUGGGAAGUGACCUGUUCUUAAUAUCAAUCUGGAAUCCCAAACCGUUAAUAAAUGCCAGACUAGAGGAACAUCUGGAUAACAGGCUAAUGAACCUUUCAUUAUGGUUAACAAAACUGCUGAGAUUUUUAUUUUUCUGGACGCCACAUCUGGUGAUGUCUGCUUGUUGUAUGAUCUUUGGCUUUGGACUACCUGCAUACCUCGGAUUCAACCUUCUGUGGCUUGAGUGCUCCAACGGCCUCCUGGUUGGUUUGGUGUUUUGGGCAAAGUGCAACACAAAGGGGGCUUACAGCAGUUUACCAGAGAACGUUUUCUUAUGGCAUGUCUACUGGGAUUUGAGCAGAGAUAUACAGCCUGUUCUGCCUGUUGCUGUGCUUAAUCCCUCAUGUAAAAAGAAAAACAUUUCCCUUAACGUGUAGAAACAAAACAACAAGAACCCCUAAUGUUGUAGAUUACAUAAAGAUAAUCUCGGGUAAGAAUUAGACAGUGAUCUAAAUCUGUGGCCGAUGCUUCAGUCUUCUCAUAGUUGAAUGUUUUUAAUAGCGCUGUCAUACUUAAGCUAUUUUACGAUUUAGCAGUGUAAUGCCCAUGAAAUGUCACAAGCCAGUGUCCUGAGGGGGGCAGCAAUGCACCCACAGGCACCCAGCCUGCAUAAAAAGCAGUGAUGGGCAGUAGCGCCGCUACAUGUAGCGAAGCUAUUAGUUUAACUACAUGUUCCAGUAGCUUGACCGUAGCGUCGCUGCUUUAUUUAUCAAGUAACUUUCCUGUAGUGACGUUAUUGCUUUGAUCAAGUAGCAACGUAGCGUCCACAAACGCUACAAAAUCCAGGGCAUAACUAAGAAAUGAGACCAGGUUUUCUAUUUUGAAAUAACAAUCAGAGUUAUUCGUUGGACAUUCACGCAUGAGCCUCUAUUCUGCCUCUUCUGUGUGUAUCUACCGAAGCAUGCGCAUGCGUACUGCAGUGGAACUCAAUGAAUGACACACACAGACACACACAGACACACAGAGCCACACACUCAGGAUGGAGGUGGAGACAGGAGCAGAGCGAGAAGAGCAGACAACUGUCGCUACCACACCGUGGCCUUAUCUUCAGAGAUUAUGAAACUUGUUGAAUCCUCAGAUAAAAAAAAUAAGUGUACAGAUGUCUGCUUUGCAAUAAAAAAAACAAAAACAAAAUUGUUGUCAACGUCCAGGACAUCCAAAACCAACCUAAGAACUCACAUUCAGGUGAAUCACUAAUUUCCCUCCUGCAGUAUGCAAGUAAAAAU